UGUCACACUGGGCUGCGGCAUAGCCACAGCUGUGCGCUCGCUCAGUCAGCAGUGACUGGACUCGUAAACCCGAGGGCCAGGCCUUACCUUUCUCGCCAGAUCUCGGCUUAUAUUUAUGAUGUUAGACGAUAGUAGUGUACCUAAGACGAAAAAGAUGUCUCCCAAAAUGUCGAUAUAUCGUUAGCUCUUCGCGCAAAUAAAUGAGAAUCGCGGCAAAUAUCUCGCUUGGAUGGAAACCGAAGUGUUCAAUGCUUGCUAUUCCAGCAGUUUUUGGUAGCUUGCGUGCUAGCUUAGGCUAAUCAACAAACCAGUGGAUUGUUUUCAAAGUCUCGAAUUUGUGGCUGCCUCCAAAGGCAUUUGGUCUGCAAUGGGAAUUAUUUUCACGAAGUUAUGGAGGCUUUUUAAUCAUCAAGAGCACAAGGUCAUCAUUGUGGGCCUGGACAAUGCAGGGAAGACAACCAUUCUUUAUCAGUUCUCAAUGAAUGAGGUGGUGCACACCUCACCAACAAUAGGCAGCAAUGUGGAAGAGAUAGUGGUCAAUAACACACAUUUCCUCAUGUGGGACAUUGGGGGCCAGGAGUCCCUGCGAGCAUCAUGGAAUACCUACUACACAAACACAGAGUUUGUGAUCGUGGUGGUUGACAGCACAGACAGAGAGAGGAUCUCUGUGACCAGGGAAGAGCUCUACAGAAUGCUUGCACAUGAAGACCUGAAGAAGGCGGGACUGCUGAUCUUUGCCAAUAAGCAGGACGUGAAGGGCUGCAUGACGGUGGCGGAGAUCUCGCAGAGCCUGCAGCUCACCUCGGUGAAGGACCACCAGUGGCACAUCCAGGCCUGCUGCGCCCUCACUGGAGAGGGGUUGUGCCAGGGCCUGGAGUGGAUGAUGUCACGGCUGCGCGUGAGAUGACCCCUGACCUCUGACUAGCAUGCGACGGGCGGGUUCACUCUCCUGACGUGGCAGGCGGGAUGUGAUGCGACGUCAUGAGAUGCGAUGGGGGAGGUCCGGAUGCUGCUCAGCUCACUGUGAAGGUGACCCGAUAGCGUCACCGGGACUCUUGGUUUUAUUUAUUUACAGAUCACUGCUCAAAGAACUAUGAACAAAACCAGAACCACAACACAACACACAAAAAGGAAAAGAAGAAAGAAAAGCAAAAAAAAAAAAAAAUCCCCUUCCUCCUUCCUCAGACUUUCAGGAUCAGUGAUUUCACAUCAACCCAGAAAACCCGAAACCAGUGUUUCAUUCUGUGAUUUUGUUUUGUUUUUGUUUUGCAUUUGCUCUUGAUUUUAUUUGGUUUUUGUUUUUCCUGCCUGCACGGUUUAUCCAUUUGUAAAGAAAGAAAGGAGGGAAAUGAAAUGAAAAGAAAUGAGAAAAAAAGAAACGGAAACAGAGAGAAUGCGGAUCUAUCAGUAGUUGCAGAGGAGAGCUGUGGAGAAGAAUUACGAACUCCUUUACUGUUUUCAGGCCGGCCCGAACGGUGCCGGUGCCCGCACCACUUACGUUCGGCACUAAAGUGCUUACCACCUGUUCAUACCGGGUUCUGAACUUUUUCCACACGUGACUGUGUUACCCAGAUGAACCUGCUGAUGCCCACGUUGUCGUCAUGGUUCGAGGAGGAAAACCAAGUAUUUUUCGGUUCACAUUACGAACAAACUUUAAGGAUUGCGAACGCUAAGAUCUGCGGCGUGAACACGCCGGUCGGUUCGCGAUCAGGUGCGGGAACGGGCACCGGCACGGUUCUCAGUCGGCCUGAAUGCUCCACUUGUGUGAGUUCCCAUGCCUGUCUGGAGUGGCCUUGCAGUACUGCCAGCUAGCUGGAGAUUGUGUUGCCCUGUGUGUACAGUCCAGUAUUUGCAUUAACCUUGUGCCUGCAUCACAGCCCUUUGGAAUUAAGGGGGCUGAGGAGACAAGCUCAGAGUAACGAGGAGUUACAAACAAACAAACUCCUUACCUCUCUCUCUCUGCUCAUGUAAAAUAUGGUGAAAUAAAGUGUUUUUAUCUGUC